AUGGUUCGCGAAUACAACACCGACACCACGGCCGACGAUCUGCUCAAGGAUCUUUCGGGGGAGAUCAAGGGCAAGGUCAUUCUCAUCACUGGUGUCAGUCAAGGGACUCUGGGCGGCGUCUUUGUCGAGUACGUCGCAAAGGCUGCUCCCGCCAGACUCAUCCUCGCCGGUCGUAGCUUGGCCAAGGUCCAAACAACUGCCGAUGCCCUCAAAGCGUCUCAUCCCGCCAUCGAUAUCCGCACGCUUCAGAUUGAUCUGUCGUCACUUGCCGCGGUACGUGAGGCUGCUGCUACCGUCAACUCUUGGAAGGGCGUCCCUCAUAUUGAUGUCCUCGUGAACAACGCCGGUAUCAUGGCUGUCCCUUACGCAACGACUGUCGAUGGUUUUGAGCUGCAGCUUGGAAACAAUCACUUGGGCCCAUUUAUCUUUACCAACCUCAUCAUGAACAAGAUUCUCGCCUCUAAAACUCCUCGUGUCGUCAACAUUGCCAGUACCGGUCAUAGACUUCACCCGAUCCGAUGGUUUGACUACAACUUCCGAGACGGCGAGACGUACAACUGCUGGCAUGCGUACGGACAGUCCAAGACUGCCAACAUGCUGAUGGCUAUUUCGCUGGCUGAAAAGUUGGGAUCCCGUGGCCUGACUGCGUUCAGUCUUCAUCCUGGCACCGUCAAAACUAAGCUUAGUGCUCACAUUGACUUUUCCGUCGAAUGGCCAGAAAUGGUUGCGGCCGAUCGAAUGCUUGGAAACUCUGAAGGAUGGAGGGACGACUUCAAGUUUAAGACGCUUGAGAGGGGCGUUGCUACUCACAUCUACGCGGCAUUUGAGCCCAGCCUGAAAGAGCACAACGGUGUAUACUUGGAAGACGCUCACAUCGCCGACCCUUAUGUACAAACUGUCAAGCCUUGGGGUACAAGCAAGGUGGAGGCUGACCGUCUGUGGAAGUUGAGUGAGAAGCUUGUUGGACAGGAGUUUUCUUACUAG